ACUAGGUACUACACUCAACUCUGAUGUUGAACUCAUACACUUCACACUUGACCGAUUGUUAUGAUUAGUUUCAGUUGCAUCGUCACUUGAACCAGUCAUGAUUCGUCGUCAUUUGCCGGUUCUCGUUAUUCUUUCAAUUACUGUAUUAUUUUUGUGUUUUGAUAAAGUCAAUUCAUCAAAAUUUAAUUUCGAAUGUGGAGAUCUAGAUUGUGAUAAUAAAAUAAGACAAAAAUAUGAACCAACAUGGGAGAGUUUAGAUAAAAGACCUCUGCCACAAUGGUAUGAUGAUGCUAAAGUUGGAAUAUUCCUCCAUUGGGGUGUGUAUUCUGUUCCAAGUUAUGGCUCAGAAUGGUUUUGGACUAAUUGGCAAGGUCAAAAAGUACCAUCUUACAUAGAUUUUAUGAAGAAAAAUUACCGGCCGGGCUUUACAUAUCAGGAAUUUGCAAAAGAAUUCACUGCCGAGCUAUUUAAUGCUACUCAAUGGGCACUUUUGUUUCAAGACAGUGGAGCAAAAUACGUAGUACUGACGAGUAAACAUCACGACGGAUUUGCUCUCUGGCCAUCAAGUCACUCUUUCAGUUGGAAUUCAAAAGACGUUGGGCCUGGAAUCGAUAUCAUAGGAGAAUUGUCUGAAGCUAUUCGUGAAAAAACUUCCAUUCGAUUUGGUUUGUAUUACUCGUUGUUCGAGUGGUUCAAUCGACUCUAUGUUCAAGAUAAAUUGCACAUAUUUUUGGAGAACAAAUACGUUCAAGAUAAGGUUCUGCCUGAACUUCAUGAAUUGAUUGAACUUUAUAAUCCAGAAGUUAUUUGGUCAGAUGGUGAUUGGGAGGCUCCACCACCAUAUUGGAAUUCAACAGAUUUUAUCGCUUGGCUAUAUAAUGAAAGCCCUGUUCGAGAUACAGUGGUCACAAACGACAGAUGGGGGUUUGCUACACAUUGUUUGCAUGGCGACUUUUGGACUUGCUCUGACAGAUACAAUCCAGGAGUUCUUCAACCCCAUAAAUGGGAAAAUGCAUUCACAUUGGACAAAACUAGUUGGGGACAGCGUUAUGACACUACCCUUGCAGAUUAUAUGACAUCGAAGGAACUUAUCAAAGAACUUGUAACCACUGUAAGUUGUGGCGGAAAUAUUCUUGUAAAUGUUGGACCAACAAAAUAUGGAACAAUUCUACCCAUUUUCGAAGAAAGACUUCGAGAUAUGGGAAAAUGGCUUGAUAUGAAUGGUGAAGCUAUAUACGGCACUAAACCUUGGUUACAUCAAAACGAUACGGUUACUCCUGGAGUUUGGUAUACAAGCAGUAUGUUGCCUAAUGGAGGAACUAGUGUAUAUGCUAUUGUUUUGGAUUAUCCAUAUGAUGAUAAUGAAAUUGAUUUGUAUGCAUUAAAUGAUUUAAUUGAUGGAUCAUCGAAAAUUUCAUUGUUAGGAAUGCCAAAUACAUCUAUCAAGUGGUCAUUAACUAAAACAAGUCUACAUAUUAAAUUCCCAGGGAAGCAUUUAGUUGAUAAAUAUAAGCUAGAUUUCGCUUGGACUUUUAAAAUAAUUUUGUAAUAAAAGAAAAUAAAAGACA